AUGAUUGGUGAAGGGGCGAGACUCAGGCAGUUUGUUACAUCAGAUGUAUUUGUUCUAGGGCAGUUUGUUACAUCAGAUGUAUUUGUUCUAGGGCAGUUUGUUACAUCAGAUGUAUUUGGUAAAGGGCAGUUUGUUACAUCAGAUGUAUUUGGUUUAGGGCAGUUUGUUACAUCAGAUGUAUUUGGUCUAGGGCAGUUUGUUACAUCAGAUGUAUUUGGUCUAGGGCAGUUUGUUACAUCAGAUGUAUUUGGUUUAGAGCAGUUUGUUACAUCAGAUUUAUUUGGUCUAGGGCAGUUUGUUACAUCAGAUGUAUUUGGUCUAAUGCAGUUUGUUACAUCAGAUGUAUUUGGUCUAGGGCAGUUUGUUACAUCAGAUGUAUUUGGUAAAGGGCAGUUUGUUACAUCAGAUGUAUUUGGUUUAGGGCAGUUUGUUAAAUCAGAUGUAUUUAGUCUAGGGCAGUUUGUUACAUCAGAUGUAUUUGGUCUAGGGCAGUUUGUUACAUCAGAUGUAUUUGGUCUAGGGCAGUUUGUUACAUCAGAUGUAUUUGGUAAAGGGCAGUUUGUUACAUCAGAUGUAUUUGGUUUAGGGCAGUUUGUUACAUCAGAUGUAUUUGGUCUAGGGCAGUUUGUUACAUCAGAUGUAUUUGGUCUAGGGCAGUUUGUUACAUCAGAUGUAUUUGGUUUAGGGCAGUUUGUUACAUCAGAUGUAUUUUGUAAAGGGCAGUUUGUUACAUCAGAUGUAUUUGGCUUAGGGCAGUUUGUUACAUCAGAUGUAUUUGGCUUAGGGCAGUUUGUUACAUCAGAUGUAUUUGGUUUAGGGCAGUUUGUUACAUCAGAUGUAUUUGGUCAUCCAUAA